AUGCCUCAGCUCUGCAUCCAGGCCAAUGAUGCGGCGGCGCUGCCCCUGGCGGUGGCCAUGGUGGCGUCUGUCGGCCGCAUGAAGUACCUGCGGCCGCUGUACCGCGCGCUAUACCGCUCCAAGAUCGGGCGCCAGGCCGCGCUGGACACCUUCAAGGCCAACGCGGCGCGGUACCACCCCAUCGCGAGGAAGAUGGUCGCGGUGGACCUGGAGGUGACGUCAUGA